CCAGUGUUGGUCAGCGUUCGAUUCGGAGUGGAGUCGCGAGUCCGAAACUGUGACACGCGCAGGCAAAUGGAAAACACAAGUUGCCUCCUCUGCCGCUGAUGAUGGGAAGCAAUCCUCCCGAGCACGGGACCAAGCCGAGAUCCACCAGACACCAAAGACAACAGAACCACCGAGUGGUGCGCAAGCAGCCGCUGCGUCCCGCAGUCAGCGACCGCCACAACAUCUACAUCACUAGCAAGACGGACUUCAAGGCCCAACAGCGCCGCUGCGAAGAGCUGCUCAACUCCGGCGCCCGUGAGAUCUUUCUGCAUUGCAUGGGCUACUCCGUCACCCGCGGCCUUAAUCUCGCCUUGCGCCUCGUCCAGAAUUCUGAGGGCGCCCUAAGCUACGCCAUCAACACCUCCACCGUCCAUCUGGUGGACGAACUGCACCCGCUGUGCGAUGCCGAGGACGUAACCUUCCGCCAGCGCAACAACUCGGCCCUGCACAUCAAGAUCUUCAAUCGCAGCCUUUUCGACAUUGUUGUGCCGCAACCGUCGCAGUCCCAGACGCAAACCCAAUCCCUGGGCCAGUUCAGAGGCAAGGCGAAGGCCAGGCAGUAGCAUGUUCAAGCUCUCGGAGCUAGUGCGCUGGCUGGGACUCACCGAGUUCGAGAUCCUGGUCAACCUGUGCGGCAUGCUGGUUUUCACCAUUACGCUGGCCGUCAAGCUCCACCUGCAAGCCAGGGCCGGACCCGGCGGUAUCCUUCCGGAGCCCAUGGGCGACUGGUUCACCGUCUUCAGUCCACUGUUCUUCAUCGACAUAUGCAACGCGUACUUCUGCGUUAUUGUGGGCAUCCGAAUGUACCUGGACUCCAACAACAAGCGCAAAGCCCUGCACCGCUUCAUGUGGAGCACGUAUUUCCUGGUGCUCAUUGCCAUCUUCAAGUACCUGCUCUGUCUGAAGCUCUCUAGCAAGACGGGCCUCGAGUACUCGGAGGUCUUCUCGCCGAUCUUCGUCCUACUGCAGCUCGUGGCGGUUCGCGCCUGCCAGUUACCCAACUCCAUCUGAACCAUAGACGUAGUAUAGCCUUAGAUCGAUAUGGUACAUACAAAUAUUCUGAUCUGAUACGCAGGUGGAAGCCGUUUAAUCAUUAAUCAUUGGGGGUUGCAUGGAUUAUUAUUUAUCUGUAUACGCAAUGUGGUACAAUAAUAUUUAAAAGGUACGGAAUUUAUGUUUCUGAUAUAGCAUAUCCAAUAUAUACAUAUUGUGUCUGAUCUGAUUCGGUAUGAAAGACAGA